AUGUCUCGAGGGCACUUCGGCUUAACAAGGCUCAGCUCAGGUCAGGUCACUAAGGUCAGGUCAAGUAAACUACAUGUACUAGGAGCAACUUACAUACCUGGUGUAAACUACUGUAUGAGGAAGGAAAAAGCUAUUGAGCCUAUUGGAUAUUCAUAUCCUGGCUUCGGGUGUGCUGAUAAUGAUGAUGAUUGCUGUGCCGCUGUGCCGCUCGCUGGGCCUAUCGACCUACCCGGUCCUACCCUACCUACUGUAUCUACUAGGUACCUCACUGUACUGCACAUGAGGCAGUCGCCGAGAAAGCUGCAGCAGUGCAACAGCAUCAUUAUCAUCAAUAUUUUAAUCUACAGAGCAACUGUAAGGUACACACAGGAGUGUGUGAUUGAAAGGGAACGCCUAUCCGGAGGACCUAGGAUAGACUUCGAUUCCUACGCCCUCUUACGUAUACCGAUCGCUUUACUAGAUAUUAAUCCUAUUUGUCCUAUUGCUAGCUAUACUGCUACUACCUACUACUACCUAGUAGUCGCUAUAGCAGAAGAUUUCGUCCCGGCUACCCCUAUCCCUACUAGUAGCGGCACUACUACUACUACUACUCCUACCGCUAUACGUCCUAGAGACGUAAUAGCUAAUCCUAUACCUAUCCCAAAUAUAGUAUUAAGUAUAGUAUUGAUAUAUAUACUAAUAGAGGACAUAUAUAGGCGAUCGGCUAAGAUUACGGUACGAACUCUAUCGAGUAUAUCUCCGCUAAGGCUACCUUCUCGUAGCAGACGCGUAACUACAAGCGUACUAUCCUUAACAAUUGUAUUUACUGUUCCCGUAUAG